AUGCAAAGAGUGGAGACAGUGGAAGAACACAACACAAACAUGAGCUCUUUACCGAGCAAGUUCCAGUCUAAAUUAGAGAUGGCCAUGAGCAUGAGGGAGGAGGAGAAGCUUUACAGGUAUAAUGGUAUACUCUAUCCUGUGAUCAUAAGCCCAAAGGAGAACCUCAGAGCUUUGGAGACCGUAGAGGCCCGCAGUGAUGAUAUAAUGCUGGUGGCUUAUCCAAAAUGUGGGUUUAACUGGAUGCUUGCAAUUCUGCGCAAAAUCAUAACAGCCGGCACAGGAGAGAAAGUAGAAUCCAGGACACCACCUCUCCUGGAGUUCUUUGGACCAGAAAUGCUGCAGUUACUUAACCAGGCCUCAUCACCAAGAUUACUGGGGACUCAUAUGCAUCCUGAUAACAUUCCAUCUUCUUUCUUUCAAAACAAAACAAAGAUGCUGGUCAUUUUUCGCAACCCAAAGGACACAGUGGUCUCAUUUUAUCAUUUUUCAAAUAAGAGUCCAGUUUUGCCAAGUGCUGAGUCCUGGGAUCGGUUCUUUAUGGAUUUUAUAAGUGGCGAAGUUCCUUGGGGCUCUUACUUUGACCAUGCUCUUGCCUGGGAAAAACUCAUGAAUGACCCACACAUCAUGAUCAUCACAUUUGAAGAACUCAAGCAAGACCUCUGUGGAAGUGUUGAGAAGGUGGCAGAGUUUUAUGGCUUUAAAUUAACUUGUGCUCAGAUUCAAACCAUUGCAGAGGAAAGUACCUUUGAUGUAAUGAAACACCGCUCUAAAGAUUCCCAUGGCCAGUUGGGGAAUGUCUUUUUCAGGAAAGGUGAAGUUGGAGACUGGAGAAACCACUUUAGUCAAGCGCAGAGUGAACAAAUGGAUGCUGCAUUUGAAAAGCAUCUUGGAGGGACAAAACUUGGAGCCAGACUAAAUUAUGAUGUGUACUGCAAGUGAAUAGAGAAACCAGGCAUUGUAGUGCAACAGGGAAUGAUACCUCAGGGAACAGGCGGUACUUGAUCUACUCCUAUUGUUUUCUUUCAAAGAUUAAGUACAUUGAAAAGACUGAAACCAAGAUAAGACUGGUUGAUAAUACAUGACAACCACCAAUCAUCUAUUAUUUAAAGAUUCAUCCCUCGUUAACCUUUCUUGAGGUGUAUACUGUGAACAAUGUGAGUUUCUAGUAUUUCAUUUUUGUCCUCAAAGAGUUUUCAAUUCAAUUCACAACAGUCUAU